AUGGCGGACAAGGACGAGAUCACCAGCGUGGCCGAGCCGGCCAUGGCUGCCAAACAUGUUCCUGAAUCCAAGGUCGGAGAUGUCCUGCAAUCCCAGGGAGUCACUCGCAUGGAAGCCGUCUACCGCGAGGCCAAGUCGAACCGCACCACCCUGUGGUUAGUCGGAAUAUCGGUUUUGGUAUGCGCUUGGGCAUACUCACUCGAUUCUUCUACUACUUACAACUACUCCAUCGAUGCGUCCUCGUAUUUCAAGCAGCACUCAUCGGUCCUGUCAACCCUGUCGAUUGCAACGAGCAUUAUCAGCGCCGUCAGCAAACCUUUCAUCGCCAAGAUCUCCGAUAUCACCUCCCGUCCCUAUACAUACCUCCUGACACUAUUCUUCUAUGUCAUCGGCUACAUCAUUGUGGCAAGCUGCAAGAGCAUCUCCGCCUAUGUCAUCGGCGAGGUGUUUGUUUCGAUCGGCAGCUCGGGUCUGGACUUGACAAACGAUAUCAUCGUUGCGGAUCUGACACCUCUCGAAUGGCGCGGCUUUGCGAGCUCCAUGCUGUCCACCCCCUUCAUCAUAAACACUUGGUUUGCGGGAAAGAUUGUCGAUGCUAUCGAUAGUAAGGACCAGUGGCGGUGGGGAUAUGGAAUGUUUGCCAUAAUCAUGCCUGCUGCACUGGGCCCGGCUAUCGCCACGCUAAUCUGGCUGGAUCGCAAAGCGAAGAAAGCUGGUAUCGUCAACCUUGCCUCAUCCAACGCAGCUCGGCGAGCAGCGCGGGAACUGGCCGAGAAAGAAGGCACGGAGGCACCUCGCGGUGCUGUCGUUGCAGCUGCCGCUGACUCUUCCGAGUCAUGGCUUCAAAAGCUUCAUCGCAACUUGGAAGAGAUUGACGCCUUCGGCCUUAUACUACUGGGCUUUGGGUGGUCUUUGCUUCUGCUACCUUUCUCAUUAAAGACGUACGCUGACAACGGUUGGCGAAACCAGUCACUCAUCGCCAUGAUGAUUGUUGGUGGUCUUCUUCUGAUAGCUUAUGUUGUCUAUGAGAUCAAGUGGGCUCGUGUUCCCAGUGCUCCUCGUCGGUUGGUGUUCAACAAGACAUUCAUCAUGGCUAUCAUCAUCGAUAUUGCCGGACGAAUGCGCGGCCUGUAUUGGGAUUCAUACGUCUACGUCGCUAAGCCAUGGAGCUACCAAGACUGGGUUUACUAUAAUAACACUCUGACUCUUGCUCUCUGCAUUGCAGGUCCAAUGGUCGGACUUCUCCAACGCUGGACACACCGGUACAAAGCCAUCCAGAUCGCAGGUCUGGCUAUCAAGCUCAUCGGAAUGGGAAUCAUGCUUGACGGCAAUAUGGCAACAUCCAACACAGCCGCAAUGGUAAUUUCAAUGAUCUUGAUCGGAUUCGGCGGUUCAAUGUCCGUCGUUGGCUCCCGGGUUGCAUCUCAGGCUUCUGUACCUCACCAGGACGUCGCCCUCGUCAUCUCAUUAUUAUCGCUAUGGUCGAAAAUCGGCAGCGCCAUUGGAGCUGCUAUCGUUGCCGUCAUUUGGGCUGAUCAGAUGCCCAAACAACUGCGUGAACAUCUACCUUCCACGGCUACUAACGCUGAUGUGAAGAAGCUUUUCGGUUCUCUCACAUCCAUUCGAAAGAAUUACGCCUUUGAUGAUCCCAUGCGCGUUGGUGCUAUUGUCGCUUUCCGUCGUGCACUAUACUACUGCGUUGCGCCUGCAUUGGGUAUCGCUUUCAUUCCACUGAUUGCCGCCUUUUUCCAGAGUAACUACUUCCUGGGCAAAUCACAGAACGCGGUCACAAAUGUUGGUAAUGAUGGGUUACCAUUGGAAGAGAAGGAUCUGAACCCCGAAUUGCCGCCCCCAAAGAACAAAGGGGAAGCUUUCCUGCGCUUCUGGGCUGGACGGUAA